UUCUCUAUCCAUCGCUUCGUCUUAAUUAAAGUUCAAGAGCUUAGGACAACAUGGGUGCCUAUAAAUAUCUUGAAGAACUUUACAAGAAGAAGCAGUCUGAUGUCCUUCGUUUCUUACUUCGUGUAAGAUGUUGGGAGUACAGGCAAUUGAAUGUUGUUCAUCGAGCUUCUCGUCCAUCUCGACCUGAUAAGGCUCGUAGAUUAGGUUAUAAGGCAAAACAAGGAUACGUUGUUUACAGAAUUCGUGUUCGUCGUGGUGGUCGUAAGAGACCAGUACCAAAAGGUGCUACUUAUGGUAAACCAGUCAAUCAGGGUGUGAAUCAACUUAAAUAUCAACGUUCUCUUAAAGCGACAGCUGAAGAACGUAUUGGUCGUAGAUGUAGCAAUUUACGUGUUUUGAAUUCAUAUUGGAUUAAUCAAGAUUCUACUUAUAAAUAUUAUGAAGUUAUUCUUGUUGAUCCUCAACAUAAAGCUAUUCGUCGUGAUCCUAGAAUUAAUUGGAUUGCUUCUGUUAAACAUAAACACCGUGAAGCUCGCGGUCUUACUAGUAUUGGCAAGAAAAAUCGUGGUAUUGGAAAAGGUCAUCGUUUCAACAAGACAAAAGGUGGUGGUCGUUAUGCCAGUUGGCUCAGGCGAAACACACUUUCUCUUCGUCGUUAUCGUUAAACGAUUAUUUUAUAAUAUGUUUUUAAUUAUUCUUUAAACCUUAAUAAAAAAAAACUUUUUUAUAUCUUAUUGAUUUACGUUCUUUAAUCCAAUUAACUCCA